AUGGCCGACAUCGAGCAGGGCUUCAAGGGCUCGUUUAAAGCCCAGGAUGUCGAAGAUUCGCAGUCAUCCAAGGAUUCUAUCGAGGUUGGACAGGAGCACCUUGCUGGUGUCACCCCUCCUCAUGAAUCAUUCGAAGGGUACCAUCGGUUCGACCCGACUGCUACCUGGACGCCAAAGGAGGAGAGAAAGCUUGUCUGGAAAACCGACCUGAUGUUGCUGUCUUGGAUCUGCUUUAUGUUUUUCGGACUCCAACUCGACCGUGGAAAUUUAUCCAACGCACUCACAGAUCACCUACUCGCGGAUCUGGGCAUGACGACCGAUGAUUACAACAAUGGCAGCACCAUUCAACUCGUCUGCUUCCUGGCUGCCGAAUUUCCAGUCCAACUUCUUAUCAAACGCUACGGUUUCAAACGCGUCCUUCCCACCAUGAUGCUGGGAUGGAGCUUGGUAUCCUGGACCCAAUCCUGGAUGACCAGUCGGGCUGGUUUCUACGUGACCAGGGCUCUCAUCGGUGCCUUUGAGGGUGGCUUUAUUCCCGGUACAAUUCUCUUUGCAACCUACUUCUAUAAGACCAAAGAACUCUCGGUCCGACUGGCAUUCUUCUGGUCAACGCUGAACGUCGCACGUAUCGUCUCCUCCCUUCUGGCCGCCGGAAUCCUCCAGAUGCGCGGUGUCCAAGGAAAGUCAGGCUGGUUCUGGCUUUUCCUCAUCGAUGGACUACUCACGUUCCUCAUCGGACUAGUCAGUCUAUUCUACCUCCCCACCUCUCCAACCAACACCAAAAGCGUCCUGGUCCCUCGACCCUGGUACACCGAGCGCGAAGAAGUCAUCAUGAUCAACCGCCUCCUCCGCGACGACCCCUCCAAAGGCCUCACACACAUCAACGAACGCGCCACACUCCGCGAUAUCCUCUCCGCCUGGAAAGACCCCUCAAUGUGGGGUCUCUACUUCAUCGGCCUAGUCGCCUACAUCCCCCAAAGCCCCAUCCAAUCCUACCUCUCCCUGACCCUCACCCGCCUCGGUUUUGACACCUUCGACGCGAACAUGCUGUCCAUCCCCUCCGCCGCCCUCCAAAUUAUCCUCAUGCUCGCGGUCUCCAAAAGCAGCGACAUAUUCGGCGAACGCACCUUCCACUGCUUCUUCGGGGAAUUCUGGUCCCUCCCGCUGCUGAUCGCAUUACUGAAAUUACCCGAUCACGGAUACAAUUGGCCCCGAUUUACCAUUUCGACUAUGAUCUCCGGGUAUCCGUAUUUUCAUCCGAUUGUGUCGGCGUGGAUCUCGGAGAAUACUUUCGAUGUGAAGAAGAGGGCUAUUACGGCUGCGACGUAUAAUGUUAUUGUGCAGGUUGGGUCGAUUAUUUCGUCGCGUGAGUGGUUUCUCCACCCCCCCCCCCUGUUGUUGGAGAUCUAUCGGUCGAGUGACUCGCCGUACUAUUAUACAGGGAAUAAGGUGCUUAUUUCCCUGUGUGUGCUGUCGUUGGUGGUGUUUGUUGCUCAGCGCGAGCUGUUGCGGUACUUGAAUAGACAGAAGGAGAGGAAGUGGCAGGCUAUGUCUCCGGAGGAGCGAGUCUUGUAUCAGUCUGACAAGGAGGCGCGCGAAAAGGAGGGGAAUAAGCGGCUGGAUUUCCGCUUUAAAUACUGA